AUGGACUACAUUUCCGCCCUCGAGAGAUCUUGUCAUCAGAAAGCCGUCAUGUGGGCAGAGGCACCGAGAAGCAGAACUAAGCAACAGCCGGCCAGGGCAUCCAGCCGACUCAACGGGAGGACCAACAACUUCUCGUAUCCCCGGCCCGAUGGUCAUCCCCCACAACAUGAAUCGGCCGAUAGCCGGUCGUCGUUGACGUCCAAUGGCUCCAUUCCGGGCAUGACCGAUGCCUCUGACUCCGAGGUAUCUGCGGAUGACGAUUACCAUUAUAACACUUCAGCUACCAAGCUUUGGGACAGCUUCUGGCCGACGGGGACAGACAAGGCUGAAUCAAUACCGAAGCAACAGAAUUCUAGUCGAGACUUCUUCACCAUUAACUAUUCGCCAUCUCGAUCCCACGAAUUGGAAGACGACACCGUCACCAUCACAGAGAAAGACCCCCUGGACACAACCACUGCCUAUUGGUCAUUCGAAACUCCGAGGGCCUCCCCUCCUCGGCCGAAGAACGUUAAGGAUACCAAGGACAACCGAAAGUCGAGCUACUCGAUAUACCCCAAACUCUCACCAACAAUUAUCUCCACAGCUCCUUUGCCGCCUCGCUCCUCAUCACUCUCAAUAGAGGCUGCAUCGGCACAAACCAUUCGGCGCAAGUCGAUCAAGGCCACCAAAUCCCUGGCUAGCAUCCACUCAAGCAAAUCAAGUGCCAGUUCACAUCAUCUCUACCUCGCACCCCCCGCGCCGGAAACCUCCAGCACAACCACAAUUUCAAAAGCUAAAUCACUCAGCAUUGCCCCCUACGGUGACUAUCUUCCCGUUCCUGUAGCGGCCCCCCCUCUCCGCCCUUCAACAUCAGCGUGCAAUACAUGUGAGCAGCCGCGGCGCCCAUAUCCCACAGCCACGCAGCAUAACGCCACCGCGCCACUAGCUCCUCUGGCGCAAUCCAGCACCACGGAUCUCAACAAUCACCAUCAACGCCUCGUGCGGCCACAACUAGAGCGGUUUGUCUCUGUGUUCGAGACUGACUCGGAGAAUGAGUCAGAUGGCGAGAGCAGCGGUCUGGCUAAGCGCCUCGCCCGCGGUCUGCACCACAAGAAGAGCGCGAGUGCUGAGAAACUUCGGGGUAGUAGUCGAAGUCGGCCUACGUCGUGUAGUCGCGAUGGGAGUGCCGAGGAGUUCAACAACAGUGCGAGUCACAGUCGGAAACGGGGGAGCUCGCUGGGGCGGAUGUUGGGAUUGAAGAGUCGGUGA